GAUUUUGGACUCAUCGAUGUGGUCGGGCUGCCUCAACGUGCUCGGCCUCGGGAGCGGCAAGGGCAAGGAGGAGGGCCUCCUCAGCGAUCCGCAGCUGAGCAAGGAGACGGCAAAGUGCGUCUUUUGCAACCCUACGCCGGAAAAGGGCUUCGACAUUGUCCUGGAGGAGGAGCGCUUCAUCGCCUUUCGAGACCGCGACCCGGCCGCGGCCCACCACCUCCUGGCCAUUCCGCGAGAGCACAUCACCAACGUCAAGUCGCUCAGGGGGGAGCCAGGCGCAAAGCUCGUCGAGGAGCUCCAUCGAUUCGGGACACGAGCGCUGGCAAAGGUCAUGCAUCCGAUAGAUGUCGCUCGUUCUCACGACAACGACGCCCUGGGCAAAGACUUGUCGCCAGCGUCUUCACCAGAGACCCGCUAUGGCUUCCAUAUCCCUCCUUUCCGGAGCGUAGAGCACCUCCAUCUCCACUGCCUUGCCCUUCCCUUUCGCUCGCCGUACAGAGCAUUGAAGUACCGUGUGGCCCCUGGUGACCCCAACGCCAGACCACCACAGCACAAGGGCUGGUCCUGGUUCGUCACCGCGGUCCAGACGAUUGCCAUCCUCCGCGAUGGCGGCACAGUCAAGGUCGGAGCCUGCUAGAUUGUCAUUUGCAUGUACUAUUAUUAUAAACAUGUAGUCUUCUUCUCUUUCAAUUCGAUGAACUAAUGACCCUAGUAC